CUUCGGCGACCCCUACGCGCGGGUACUGUAGCGGCAUGCUAGCAGCACUACUGUGUCUCCCAUACCUGGCAAAUCAACUAGCCUAACAUUGCCGCCUCAGACUCACGAUUCGACUGUUCUUCGUUUCCUUCACAUCUCGCAUCUUCUCCUAUCCGCCCAGUCCAGAGCCGUGCACGUAUCCGUCUGCGGCAUUCCACACUUUCGUCUCUGCAAUGGCUUCUGAUAAAAUGGACCGCGGCCUCGACGAAAUCAUUGCUGACAAGCGCAGCAAUGGAUCUCGAAACCGACGCGGUGGCGACCGCCGCCGUGAUCGCCAAGAUUACCCCCGUGACGGGGUGAAAAAGGUUGAACUUCCUCUCCUCCUAGCACUCGACUUCUCUAGUCGCAACGAACCUCGAAACCUGGACAGUGAAUGGGUUCAUGAUCGAUACGAAGAGAACACCUAUCGCAACAGCAGAGCAGCACCGCGUCGCAGGCGCGAUUCCCCCAGCGGAGGAGAUGCUCGCGGCGCCCGGCUUCGCGUGGAGAAUAUCCACUACGAUCUUACAGAGGAAGAUCUCGAUGAACUUUUCAGAAGAAUUGGCCCCAUCACAAAGCUACAAUUGCGCUAUGACCGCUCUGGUCGGUCUGAGGGUGUAGCCUUUGUCACAUACGAAGAUAGAGAAGACGCCGCUGAAGCUAUUAAACAGUUUGAUGGCGCAAACGCCAACGGCCAGCCAAUUCGACUGAUUGCGCUGCCAAAUGGCAAUUCUCGAAACCCGUUCGAUACCGCCGUGAUGCCAGGAAAACCCCUAUCAGAGCGCAUUUCUGCUCCUGGAGGCAGAUCCCGAUCACUCUCCCCUCACCGAAGGUACGAUGAAGAAGAAGCUGCUCGCAGGGGCAUCGAUCGAUACGUUCCAGGUGGUGGUAGCCGCUCCAGGAGCCCUAUGCCGCCUCGCCGCGGCGCAGGAGGACGUCGCCCUGGUGCUCGCCGAGAAGGUGGGAGAGAUCAAGACGCGGCUCGCGGCGGCCGAGGUGGCCGUGGAGGAGCCCGUCCUGAGCGAACAAAUACUCCUCGACCUAAGAAGACCCAAGAAGAAUUGGACGCUGAGAUGGAGGAUUAUUUCAACGCCAAUGGUGGAGCUGCAGAGCCCGCUGCAGAAGCCGCUGCGCCAAGCGAAGCAGCCCCAGCGCCAGCUCACGCCGAUGACAUUGAUAUGAUUGAGUAGUAAUCACAUAUGGCAAAGGGAGUGUAUUGCAUGUAGGUGUUGGGAUUCGACAGUAUGGGACUCAUUGUUUUAAGAAAAUGCCAUCUGAAGCAUGGGAGACAGAGCAUAUAUAAUUCAGCAUAGUCUGUUGUCAUUACGAAUGGAUUGCUUUUCAGGUCGGGUUACGAUGCUUGAUGCCAUGGAGCCAUUUGUCGAGCUUUUUGUCUAAAUAUGUCUUUCCACUUAGUAAUACCUACUACAU